CUGUGUUUUGAUUGGUCAGAGAAUCAGCGUCACCGAAGCGGCUUGAAAACACAACUUUUAUCCCUGCUGGCUUUACCUUCUUUUCAAAAAUUAUUACUUCAGCAAUGUAUUAUCUUACUACACAGAUGCUUAGUAGUUAAGUGAUGCGGAUACAUUCCCUUUAAUAACCUGUUUGCACGCCAUCCAAACCUGAAUAUUGAUGCAAUAAGUACCGUUAGCUUAGCAGGCUAACCUCCCAUCGAAUAGCAGAUGGUAACUUUUUGGUGUGCUAACCUGCAGUUAAUUGGGGCAACAACCCACCGGAUUUAAGAAUGACCUGCCCUCCAAGCAAGCGCCUCAGAGGUCUCAACCAGGACGCCUUCGAUGAUGACGACUUCACUCAGGAUGACCUGGAUGAGAUUGACACCAUCGCCUCGCAGGCCAUCAACUCAACAGCUGCAUCAUGUUUCGGGUCCAAAGCGGGGGAGCAGCCCCAUGGGUCAGGAUUCCGCUCAUCCACCUGGCCGAACAAGGCCGGCGCCAAAGGAGGACAUUUGGGGGACCCUCCAGGAAACAGGCAACAGCAGUUUGGACCAGAGGGAGAGGACUCUUACAGCCGUCUGGAGGCUCAGCAUGUAGAACUCAAGAAAAAGCUGAAGGAGGUGGAGGAGGAGAUAGUGUUGAAAAACGGGGAGAUCCGGGUCCUGAGAGACUCCCUCAGAGGAGCCCAGCAGGAAAAGGAGUCCCAGAGACAGAACCUUGUUCUGCUGGAGACGCAGAAGCAGAGAGAGCAGAGCGACAGGGAGAAGGAACUCAACAAGAAGGUUCAGUCUCUGCGUUCGGAGCUGCAGUUCAAAGAAUCUGAGAUCAUGGAGAUGAAGAACAAACUGCUGAGCGCAGACAGAAACAAAAUGGCUUCUCCACUGCAGAGAAACAGCCCCAAAGUGCUCAAUGGCCAGCAUCACAGGAGUGGAAGCAGCACCUCCUCUCCAACAGGAAAUGGUUUCAUCACCAAGGAGAUGUUCGCAGCACAGGUACCAACCCCCGUGAAGACAUCGGGAAAGACACGCACUGACAGUGAGUUCCAUGACUUACGAGACAGACCGGCAUCCUGUGGUAGAUCGGUUGACAAACGGGAAGUAGCCCACCCCGACCCAUUCCAGGCUGUCAGAGCCGCAUACCAGCAGCAUAGAGGUGGUGUCCUUUUGGGCUUGUUGCUGCAGAAUCCUUUAUCUCCCAGCAGCCUCUGCCUGUCUCACCUGCUGUCUAUGAGCCCGACUGAUGUUUGCUCCUUGGCUCGGCGAGACGUCGCUGAAGCUCCAUGGGACUUGAGGGGACGCCCAUCCAGCUCUUUGCACCACAACACCAGUGCAGCCAGCAUCAAUGGGAGUAGAAGCGGAGCUCCCAGAGCUGCCCUCAGUCCGGUCCAGAGUCUGGCCAUAACAGGACUUAACAUGCUGAGUCAAAGUCGAGCUGGAGCCUCAGUCAGCAGCAGGCAGCGCAGGUGUCCCGGAGCCGUGCUUCUCCUCCCCCUGCUGGACCUGCACUUAUCUGGCCUCUGUCAGGCUCUGGAUGCUCCAGGAGUUACCUCUGGUACCUCAGAGGCUCUACGGGAAAACCGUACCCCUGGUGUGGUACCGGGGAGGCCGGAUGAGGCAGGCUACAGCCUGGAAGACGCCGGGCUGCUGGCGCUUAGGCUCUUGUACCUGCUGCUGGCCCACAGCGACGAGGUCGUCCAAGCGGUUCUGUCAACACAGUGUGAGAGUAGCACGGAAAACAAGGCUGACUCAUCAGCAGAAAGUGAGGGUCCACACUCCCACAAUGCUUUGCUGCAGUCAGUGUUGCGCCUUUGCCGUCCUGGAAUCGGAGCCAAUAUCAGUGGCGGCAGCAACCCACAGUGGGAGGAGCUCGUCAUCAGCGCCCUCAAGACCGUACGCGUCCUGACCGAGAGAACUCCGAACACACACGCCGACCGGCUGCAAUGUGUCUUGCAGGUGAUGUGUGCGUCCGUGUCAGCUGACGCCAAGCCACCCGCCCUCAUGGCGUGUGUUUCAGUCCUGGUGUCCCUGUGUGACCACGCCUCCCUGACUCGCCAGCUCUGCUCUCAGCACGAGCCCUGCGUGAUCCUGAAGCUGCUACAAUAUGUCCGAAACAGACCAGCCAAGCAGACACGGCAUGCAGACCUCAUUCUGCUGGACCUGCAGGUGGUUCGAUUCUUGACGCGACUCACACAAUCAGCAGAGGACUGGAUGAACAGGCAGUGCAGCAGCAGCUGUCAGUGCUACACUGAGCUGGUUCAGACCGUUGUGAUCGUCUUACAUCGUCAGUGGAUGGAUCUCCAGGGCUUGCCGGAGCUGACGGACAUGUCGCCAGACCACAGACCACGCCUUGAUUUCCGUUCGCCGGCGUGGUCUCUGCUUAGGGAAUGCAUGCAGCUGCUGCACUGGCUGCUCCACCAUCACAGCGGCUUCUCGGCCAGCUGCCGGCCCCUCUUGCACAUGUACGACCAGGUGAUCCCGGCUCUACGGGACACACUGAGGAAGAUCCCCGAGCUGAGCGAGAGUGAAGAGUUGGCGUUGGAGGAAAUCUGCCGCCCAGAAGGUGAUGACGUAGAUGACAUGGAUACGGAUUUUGGCUCCUGAGUGAUUGACUGACAAGCAGCAGUGAUAAGACACUUGUGAUGCUAUUACUGUAUUGAAGCCAAGCAAAACAAGCAGAAGACAACUCCUGUCAAUAAAACAUCAAGAUACAUUUAAUCCACAAUUGCCUAGUUACUAUGAACACUUCAAUGACCCAAAAGUGGUACAAUUUAGAAAAAAGUCAAACAAAACUUCAUCAUGCCUUACCCGAGAAUCUGAAACAUUAAAUCCACAAUGAGCUUUGCUUUUUUUCUUUGGCUUUUUUGUGACGCCGCCACACAAGCGUGUUCACGGCAAAGAGGAAAAAUAUGAUGAUGACAACCAUAGAACCAGACAUGGAACAACAGCAGAAUCUCAUACGUGUAGCAUAUAAGCUACACUGGUCAUUCAGAUCGAUGACUAUCAGGGCAUGCCCAGAUGUUGCAGUGAGUGCAUACACGCAUAUGGAAGCCAUACAGACUACUCCACAUGUGAUCAAUGGUCACUUUGUCUGUCUCUACUGUGCAACAUUACUGUAAUAAUAAUAAUAAAAGUACACAAAAGCAAAGUA